CUCCGAGCUGCUGCGCGGCCCGACUCUGGGCCGCCAUAUUGGAUGCCGCAGCCGCCGCUGCUGCCGGCGCUUCCUCCUGUGUCUGGACCGUGCGCUGCCGGUUCCUGCGGCCCGGGCGGCGAGAGGGGAGCCUGUCGGAGGAAAAGCGAGGAGGGAGUGCGGCGUGUAGGUGCCCGGGAGCGGCGGACGGGCGGCGGAAGCGAGAGCAAGCGGGGCGGAGAAGCCCAGGCGCCGCGGCCCAGCCCCUCCCCCGCCGGCCCGCCCCGGCUGCGCCUCUGUGGCCGACCCCGGCGCUCCGCCCGCCCCGGCGGCCAUGCCGGGGCCCCGCCGGCCCUGAGGGAGCCCUUCCCGACCCGAGCCUGCCCUCCCGCCGCCGCCCCGGGCGGUGGCCGCUCCCGCGCCGGCGCCCCGCUCCGGCCCCCCGCUCUCCGCUCCCCGGGCGCCGCGGCCGCCGCCUCUUCCGCCGCCGGGCCCCGGGGCCUCCGCAGCGACAACAUGGAGGCCGUCAAGACCUUCAAUAGCGAGGAUUGUGCCUCUACUCCUGCUUGUGCAGACUGCUUUUCCAGCAGCAUGGACACAAGAAGCAUAUUGUAUUCCCUGAAUGACUAUAAACCACCAAUUUCUAAAGCAAAAAUGACUCAGAUUACAAAGGCAGCCAUCAAAGCUAUCAAGUUCUAUAAGCAUGUAGUACAGAGUGUUGAGAAAUUCAUUCAGAAGUGUAAGCCAGAAUACAAGGUACCUGGACUGUAUGUUAUCGACUCCAUUGUACGACAAUCUCGACAUCAGUUUGGUCAAGAAAAGGAUGUGUUUGCGCCCAGAUUUAGUAAUAACAUAAUUAGCACUUUUCAGAAUUUAUAUCGUUGUCCUGGUGAUGAUAAGAGUAAAAUAGUGAGAGUAUUAAACUUAUGGCAGAAGAACAAUGUAUUUAAAAGUGAGAUUAUUCAGCCCCUUUUGGAUAUGGCAGCAGGGAUUCCACCCCCUGUUGCCACUCCAGUGCUGGCCAGUACUACUGCUGGGAUGAGCAAUACGCCAGGAACUCCAGUGACACCUGUGACUCCAGCCACUGUGGUCCCAGGCUUACCUGACCCAUGGGUGUCUCAGAUAACAAACACUGAUACACUGGCGGCCGUUGCACAGAUCUUGCAGAGUCCUCAAGGCCAGCAGCUUCAGCAGUUAAUACAGACGUUACAGAUACAGCAGCAGAAGCCGCAGCCUUCGAUCCUGCAGGCCCUGGAUGCCGGUCUCGUCGUUCAGUUGCAGGCUCUCACAGCACAGCUCACUGCUGCAGCCGCAGCAGCCAACACGCUGACCCCUUUGGAGCAGGGAGUCGCUUUCAACAAGAAGUUGGUGGAUAGGUUUGAUUUUGGAGAAGAUUCUGAGCAUAGUGAAGAACCCAAAAAGGAAAUUGCAACUCCUCAGCUGUCCCAUGUGCCGGACUCUGUGAACAAUUCCAUCUUCCAUCAGAUAGCAGAGCAGCUGCAGCAGCAGAACCUGGAGCACCUGAGACAGCAGCUCCUGGAGCAGCAGCCGCCACCGAAGGCAACGCCUCAGGAUAGUCAGGAAGGCACAUUUGGAUCUGAGCACUCGGCAUCACCAUCCCAGAGCAGCAGUCAGCAGCAGUUUCUGGAGCCUGAAGCGAAUCCAGAUGAGUCCAUCGAUUUUCAGCAACAGGAUAUGGAUAUAGAUGAAGCGCAAGAUGGAGUGGAAGAGGAGAUAUUUGAACAAGAAACUAAGAAAGCGGCUCUUCGCUCAAGAUCCAGAACUCAUUCACGGUCUCGUUCAAGAUCACCAAGAAAACGAAGGUCGAGGUCACGGUCUGGUUCUCGGAAGCGCAAACACAGAAAACGCUCCCGUUCCCGCUCAAGGGAGAGGAAGCGGAAAGCCUCCCGGUCCUACUCCAGUGAGAGGAGAGCCCGGGAGCGGGAGAAGGAACGGCAGAAGAAGGGAUUGCCGCCGAUCAGAUCUAAAACGUUAAGCGUAUGUAGCACUACUCUCUGGGUUGGCCAAGUGGAUAAGAAGGCAACACAGCAGGAUUUAACCAAUCUGUUUGAAGAGUUUGGACAAAUAGAAUCCAUUAAUAUGAUUCCUCCCAGGGGAUGUGCUUAUGUCUGUAUGGUUCAUCGACAAGAUGCUUUUCGAGCUCUUCAGAAACUUAGUUCUGGGUCAUAUAAAAUUGGAUCCAAGGUCAUCAAGAUUGCCUGGGCUUUAAACAAAGGUGUGAAAACAGAAUACAAACAAUUCUGGGAUGUGGAUCUAGGCGUUACAUAUAUACCGUGGGAAAAAGUUAAAGUGGAUGACUUGGAUGGUUUUGCAGAAGGAGGCAUGAUUGAUCAGGAGACUGUAAAUCCUGAGUGGGAGACUGUGAAAAGCUCCGAACCCGUGAAAGAGACAGUACAGACGACUCAGAGCCCGCCUCCUACCGAGAAGGAGACAGUGGUCACAACCCAGGCGGAGGUCUUCCCACCACCUGUUGCUAUGUUGCAGAUCCCGGUAGCACCAGCUGUGCCUACAGUUAGUUUAGUCCCACCAACAUUUCCUGUGUCAAUGCCUGUUCCUCCCCCUGGAUUCAGCCCCAUACCUCCACCUCCUUUUCUGCGAGCAAGUUUUAACCCUUCACAGCCACCUCCUGGUUUCAUGCCACCGCCAGUUCCCCCACCCGUAGUACCACCCCCUACAGUUCCACCGGUAGUACCAGCAUCUUUAGUGCAUCCGCCAUUGUCUAUGACCCCAGAAACUGUGAAAGAUGUUGGAUUUGGUAGCCUUGUUUUACCAGGUGGUUCUGUUGCUGGUGGCCUUGCUACUUCGACUCUGCCAGCUGGAAAUGUUUUUAAUCCCUCAACUAAGCAAGCCGAACCUGAAGAAAAAAUACCUCAUCUUAUAGAUCACCAGAUCUCUUCUGCUGAAAACACCAGACCAGUCAUUCCAAAUGAUAUUUCAAAUAAUGCUGCAGUCUUAGGAGGACAGCCGCCUAAUGUCACAAGCAAUUCUGGAAUUUUGGGAGUCCAAAGACCAAAUGUAUCAAGUAAUUCUGAAAUUCUUGGAGUCCGGCCAUCUAAUGUUUCCAGUAGUUCUGGAAUUAUUGGGCCCCAGCCACCAAAUAUUCUGAAUAACUCCGGGAUCCUGGGGAUUCAGCCUCCAACGGUGUCAAAUAGUUCUGGACUUUUGGGGGUAUUACCCCCAAAUAUGCCUAACAAUUCUGGACUUGUAGGAGUACAGCCACCUGUUCCCAAUACGUCCGGACUUUUGGGAACACAACCACCAGCUGGACCUCAAAAUUUGCCCCCUUUAAAUAUUCCCAGUCAGAGGAUGCCUGCAAUGCCAAUGUUAGAUAUUCGUCCAGGACUAAUACCACAGGCCCCUGGACCCAGAUUCCCUUUAAUGCAACCUGGGCUCCCACCACAGCGGGGCAUCCCUCCCCCCUCUGUCCUUGAUUCUGCCCUUCAUCCACCACCUCGGGGAGCUUUUCCUCCAGGAGAUAUUUUCAGUCAGCCUGAAAGACCUUUCCUGCCUCCUGGAAGACAAAGUGUAGACAAUGUUACUAACCCAGACAAAAGGCUACCCCUUGGGAGUGAUAACAUUCAACAGGAAGGAGAUAGAGAUUACCGCUUCCCUCCCCUAGAAACCAGGGAAAGCCUUAGUAGGCCGCCCCCAGUGGAGGUCAGGGAUGUGGUGGGCCGACCCAUCGAUCCAAGAGAAGGUCCUGGAAGGCCUCCGUUAGAUGGAAGAGAUCAUUUUGGAAGACCUCCUGUAGAUAUCAGAGAGAAUCUUGUGAGGCCUGGAAUAGAUCACCUUGGCAGAAGAGAUCACUUUGGUUUUAAUCCAGAGAAGCCUUGGGGGCACAGAGAUUUUGAUGAGAGAGAGCAUCGGGUUCUGCCUGUAUUUGGUGGUCCCAAAGGCUUACAUGAGGAACGAGGUCGGUUUCGGGCUGGAAGCUAUCGCUUUGAUCCAAGAAGUGGUCCUUGGAACAGGGGUUUUGGACAAGAAGUUCACAGAGAUUUUGAUGACCGCAGAAGACCCUGGGAGAGGCAGAGGGACAGGGAUGACCGAGACCUGGAUUUCUGCAGAGAAGUGAAUGGAAAUCGUCUUGGGCGAGACAGAAUUCAAAACACUUGGGUCCCACCUCCUCAUGCUCGGGUCUUUGAUUAUUUUGAAGGAGCCACUUCUCAACGAAAAGGUGAUAACGUGCCUCAAAUUAAUGGGGAAAAUACAGAGAGACAUGCCCAGCCACCGCCUUUACCAGUGCAGAGUGAUCCUGAACUUUUUGAAAAACUGGCAUCUUCCAGUGAGAUAAGCAAGGAGAAGAGUGACACAGUUGCUGAUGUAGAAAGUGACCCAGUGGUGGUAGAAAGCACAGAAACUGAGGGGACAUAAUCAUCACUCAGUAGGUAAAAGAUACCUUUUGUAAAGUUGUCAUCUCUGUAAUAGGUUAAUGGCUGACUGGACCACGGUUGUUCACUUUUGUCUGCCAGAAUUAAGUUAAUAUGAUGUUGAUGUUCACCUUUCUCUUAAAAUAAUUGUAAACUGACUUGUAUAGACAUUGUUCUUAAUAUGAACAUGGUAGGUAAACAUUUUUUAAAAACAUUUUUCUGAUAAAGUAUAAAUGUUGCCCCCAGAUUCUUUUAACGUCGAGGAAAUGAAUAACAGCUUGUCAGAGACUUCCUAUGGAAGAAAGAAUUUUUUUAGAUACUAUCAUUAGGUUGGAUAUGGCGAUAGAUAUAUUUCAGAAUAGCAAGUGGUGGUAUAUCUUAACCAUAUCUUUAGGCUGCUGCAGAAUUUUAAGGUAAUAGACAAAGCUGUGAUUAUUUUAUGCAAAGACUGGCUCUAGAUAUUUGAGGAGCAUAAUACAGAGAUUUUAAAAAGUGAUUUUGUAAAAUCAACACUAUGGUCUCUGUCACUCCAAAGUAAGUGUUUGUGAUUUGUUCCUCAUACUUCAGUGAGUGAAAAAGAAAACGACAACAUAAAUAUUAAAGUACAUUUCAAUGUUGGGUGAAUUUUGUUUUUAGCUGCCAAUAAAACUUAUUUGUUUGAUAA